AUGCCUCCUGAUAUGGUGGGCCGAGCGGCCUCGCAGGCAUCGAGCGUUGCUUCGCAGACAACCCAAUUAGUAGCACCACUCAGCCGCCCAGGUACAGCUGAUCUCAUGCGGUCACGGUCGGAAACUGUAGUAUCAAGGAACAGCCGUCGCCCACGGUCGCGAGGCUCGACGGCUAGCAUCCACUCCACCACGACUCAGCAGACCCAAGACCAACAGAUCACCGACGGGUUCACUCAAUUCUUGCCCACGCAACCCGCAGGCCACAAUGUCUUUGCCAGUAAUCCGGAGGAAAUCAUCAUGCGAUUCGGGCAGCAACUGUCGCACCAGGUGAACGGCGCAUCUCUCGACCCGACGCUGCAAGACGCCCACCAUCCUGUCAUGCCGCGGGCUGAAGACUUCUCCGGUCAUGCAAUGCACAGCCACCACCUUUCGCAUCACUCGCUGUCGGCCGGUCUAUCGAGUCACGGCAUUCCUGGCGUGCCGAUGCCCCAGUUUGCGGCCAUUUAUGACAGUGGAAUCGAGAACCACGUCCCCGACCAUGUUCUGGAGGAAAACGAAAAUUCGGAGGCCGGCGCAAAGAAGAAGAAAGGCUCCAGCUCCUCCCUCGCCAACGAUAAUGAGCUUCGAAAACUGUUGCGUCAAUAUGAGGGUUUCACUCUGAAGCAGAUGGCUGCCGAGGUCUUGAAGCAUGAAGGUGCUGGGGGCAAGGCUGAGAAGGUGAAGCAGGUCUUUGCUAUGAUUUGGUUGAAGGAGAACUGCAGGAAAAGUAGCGGGUCUGUCAGACGCGAUCGCGUGUAUUGCUGUUAUGCCGAGAAGUGUGGUACUGAACGUGUCUCGGUGCUGAAUCCUGCGUCGUUCGGGAAACUGGUUCGAAUUAUUUUCCCCAAUGUUCAAACGAGGCGGCUGGGAGUCCGCGGUGAAUCGAAGUACCAUUAUGUGGAUUUGACUGUGAUUGAGGAGAAACAACAGAAGCCGCCACCACUCAACCCUCAACUACCAAUGAACGGUAAUGGCUGCACUGGUGUCACAGACAGCAAGAUUGAUGAGAUGAUGCACAAAAGUGUCAGCGUCGCACCUCAACCACCGGCAGAUACCGCCGAGUUCCCUUCUCCCACAAUGUCGUUUACGCCAAGAUUCUCGACAAACGCCUCGAAUGCAGGGUGUGGCUGUUCCGUCCCCUCGUAUUCUUAUGGCGAGUCUUCCAUCACUCUUGAAAACAUGGCAAGCCAGGCGGGCAGAAUCAUUCACCAGAUGCUUGAUCUACCUUCAUGCGACAAUCCUUCCAUCGACAACGAGGAUCUCCAGCUCCCCGAUAUCCAACAGUAUCUUCCAGCCAACACAGACCCCAAAAUUGCUGCAGCCCUUGCAGCCCUUUACCGCUCGCAUUGUAUCUCUGUCAUUGACAGUUUCCGAUACUGCAAGGAAAAGAACAUGCUACGAUUUUUCUCUGCCUUUCAUGGCACCCUGACAGUCCCUGUGCAAAAGCUCCUAACACACCCCAACCUUGCUCCUUGGAUCAAAGAAUGCGACUGGAUCAUGUAUCAGAAGAUGAUUGCAUUCGUAGCACCGCUCACCACGCAAGUUGUGCCGAAAUUGGUUUUGGAUGCCUUCUGCUCGAUUUCGCAGCGGCUCACAGCCCACGUUGCCGACACGUUCAAGACUCAGCCUACACAUGUUUCAUUGGCGAGACUGAUCCCAGCGCAUAUCUUCUGCAACCUACUAAAGCAUAUGCUUGAUGUCAACCAAUCUGCCAACGCGGCCGCUGCGUGGCUGUGCCACCCCGAUAACAGAAACCAAAUGUGGUUCGAUUUCAAGACCUUGGUUGACCCGAAAGAAAUGAUCAUGAAAGCCAAUAUCCCUAGUUGCGCGGAGCGUGCGACAGAACAGAUCCUGAAGCACGAUAUCCGAUCUCUCCUCACUCCGGUCGCAGACAUAAACCCCGCCAGCACACUCCCCUUCUUUACCAGGCCCGAUACCGAAGAAGACACGAAAGUACACAAACUUCCUGUUGAAGCGGCGACCGGUGAUGACUAUAACUUCCCGGACAAGUGGAUCUCUUUCAUUUUGAACCUUCCAGCAGCUUUCCCGCAUCACCGCACUCAGUGCAUUAUCGAGAAGGUUGAUGCUCUGUGGGAUUGCAUCUUGCGGCGACUCACCCUGGGAGGCGCCCAAAGCUUCAGCGCUUGGUGGAUGACCAAGGUUUUCUUCCAUGAAAUGAUGUUGUGGCAGGCUGAGAAAGGGGGGUUCAUGCUCUACAAGCCAAGCACCCUGCACCAUGCUGGCAUGGGUGCAAACCCACAAGGACAGAGUGGAUAUCUCAUGAAGCCCUUGCACUUGCCGGGACAUGACCGGAGCAAUUCUAUGAUCAGUGCCGAUUCUCAGCUCGCUGGCGACACAACAGUCAGACCGACGCCCAGCCCAACUUCAGCAGAGAGUAUGAACCAAACUCGAGAUUCGUUGGAUCGGCCUCAAGUGGGUGCAGAUUCCAACUCUAACGAUACCGAAAACGAGAAGCCUACCACUAUCUCCGAGAGCAUUGCUGGCUUCCAUGCUCCGAAUAAUGACGAUAGCGCCAUUGACCUUGACGACGACUCGAUGCUGAUGACUGUGGGUAAAUAUGGUGACAUGAUGGCAUCUGACCCAGCGGACGCUGAGGGAGACGUUGUCGUCAUAUGA